AUGGUGCUUCGCUGUGGAGCUCCUUGGUCUCUUGUGUGUGUCCUUGGUCUCUUCACGAAGAUUGGUGCCCUCUGCCGUGAUGCUGCGUGUGAUGCCGUUCCUUCUGCCUCCAGCGCGCUGGUGCAGAGGAAGCUGUUGGUCGCAGGAGAUGCUAGCCAAAUGGAGCUUCGCGAGGCAGAGGGGAACACGGGAGACUGCCAAUCGUGGUGCUCGCCCAACCCCAGCACUUGCACUUUCAACGAAUGUAAGGCGUGUGCUGGUUGUGAUGGUAUGCCCCAUUGUGCAGGCUGGUGCGAGCACAACACGAAGGAUUGGUCUGCGAAGUGCGCCAUGUGGACGUGCCAGGAUUGCGGAGCUUGCAAUUCUUCGCCUUCCUCUCCCAAUGGCUACACUUAUGUGGGAACCGGCUAUUGCGACGGGGGCUACAUCGGUGGAUGGGAUACAGCAGAUGCUGUUGACAUUGAGACAUGUGCACAGAAAUGUUCCUCCGAGCUGAACUGCAAGUUCUUCAGCUUGCAGGUCGGCGCCACGUGUUCUCGCUAUUCAAGUGUUGCUGGAAAUUGCACUACACGCUUCCGGCCGAACCAGUACGUCACCUUCGGUAAAGCACCAGCACGGCCAGGCUAUGUGGCUGGUGAGCCUGGAGCUGCAUGGUCGCCAGAACAUCAAAAGGCCAUCAGAGCUAAAUUGAUCCGUGUCUUUCAGGAAUCGGAUGCUGUGUGUCGGGAAGCAAACAUUGAAGUGCCUGGAGAACGAUGGUCGGGUCUACCCACCAUGGCCAAGUUUCUGCGCUUGGCCUUCCAUGAUUGCAUGAAGUAUGCCGAUGGCACCGGUGGCUGUGAUGGAUGUUUGGAAUGGAAGGGUGUGGGCGGUCGCUACACACGAGACCAGCAUGGAAAGAAGCAACUGAAUGUCAGUGAUGAUGGGCAUCAUAACGGCUUGCGGCCAACAGUGGAGAUAUUGGAGAAGAUCUACACAGACCCAAAUUUUCCACCAAAGGCUCCAGGUCUGUGGCAGUCGCCCAAAGAGAGCGGCUUUUCACGAGCUGAUUUGUGGGCCUUUGCUGGGAUGGUGGCCGUCGAGCAUGGCAUCCACCUGAAUAAUCUGGCAUGUCACAAGCUGGAUUUGGAUGAUGCCCACGGGAUUUUGAGUCAAUGUCAUCCCAGAGUUGGAGAGCCUGAUUGCGAGGUGGCUGCUCCUCGACCCUUCCAUUUUGCUUCCGGUCGUAAGGACUGCGUUCCAGACCCCACGGCGGACCAACCGUAUAAGACCUUCAAGACGGAACUCCAUCCUGACCCGGGUGCGAAUGCGGCUUCUACGCUGGCAUACUUCAAGCGUGACUUUGGCUUCAAUGCCCGCGAGACAGUGGCCAUCCUUGGUGCUCACACCUUGGGUCGGGUCCACAAUACCAUCAGCUUGCAUCAGUACACCUGGAAAACACGCUCGGCGAUGCUGUUCAACAACGGCUACUUCCGCAAUCUGGCAAGCAAAGAAGAUUGGUAUUAUCCAACAGGAAGCUUCCCAAACGGCACAAACAUCAGAACCGCUACUUGUCGAGGUUUUGGCAAUUCGCGUGGUGAGCGGGCACCAGCCAGGUGGAAACCGCAUGCCUUUUAUCACUUGACCAAUGGCGGUCCAGUUCAAUGGCUCCAGGAAAAGAAGGUCUGUCCAUGCUUCGACCCCAGCUGGACACGCCCUGACGAAGGCUGCUGCAACGACGACCCUUUCUCAUGUAAGGCAGGUUGCGAGGAAUACCGCAUCGUGCUGGGUAUGGAUGAGACGAUGCUCAACUCCGACAUGAGUCUCUACAGGCAGUUCUCCACCAACGACGGCAUCCCAGCAGGUUGUCCUGGCCUUGAGGAUUGGAACUCCGAGGCCAUCAAGUCGGAUUGGAGACUGCGAAGCCCGCGCAUUCCAAGUAACGAUGUACACGGCGACUCCUGGGACUCCAGCCAUUGCCCGUUCACCACCAUCGCAGAUCCACCCGGAAGUACUCCCAUGUAUCGAGUGGUGGAAGAAUACGCCGACAGCAAUGAGAAGUUCUUCGCAGACUUCUUCCCUGUACUCGAGAAGAUGCUGAUGAACGGCUACAACGCCUCUGAUCUCGUGGUGACGCCUAUGGCAAGCCAUGCGUGUCCUUACCAAGACCCCCAUGAUUGGCACCGCCACUAUUCAUGCUCCUGA